AUGUCUUCUCGUAAAAACUACCAAGGAUUGUUCCGGAAAACGGUCAUCGCGUUCGAUGUUGGAACCACAUACAGUGGUGCCUCGUAUGCCGUUCUUGACCCCGGAUCUCCACCGAUCAUCGAAGGUGUCACCAAGUUCCCUGGCCAGGGAAGCGUUGGUGGCGAUUCGAAAAUUCCAUCCAUCAUCUAUUACGACUGGGAGGGCAAUGUUCAGGCCGUAGGUACCGAGGCCACUGAAGCAUCGUUUCUGGAACUAGCGGAUGAGCAAGAAUACCAAAAGGUCGAAUGGUUCAAGCUCCAUCUCCGCCCAAAGGGCCUUGAAACGUCCCAAGUUCACGAUUCCGACUUGCCUCCUCUUCCUGGGAACAAAGCCCCAAUCGAUGUUUUCGCGGAUUUCCUUCGCUAUUUGUACCAGUGCACCAUCGAUUACAUCAAGAAAAACCGUGGCGCAGAUUUCUUCUCCUCCCUUGAACACAAUAUCGACUAUGUUCUCACUCAUCCUAAUGGUUGGGAAGGUCCUCAACAGGCUCAGAUGCGACAAGCAGCUGUCCGCGCGGGUCUCGUCUCAGCAGAGAAUGCGGAAUCCAGACUCCAAUUUGUUACUGAGGGAGAAGCUAGUCUCCAUUAUUGUAUCAACAAGGGUGUCAUGCGGGAUGAAGAUAUUGAACCUGAGAAAGGCCUCAUCAUCGUCGACGCCGGAGGUGGUACCAUCGAUUUGAGCGCUUACAAGAAAACGGCAUCCGGUUUGUUUGAAGAGACCGCCCGUACUCAAUGUAGACUCCAAGGUUCCGUUUAUGUGACGCGUCGAGCGACCGCGUAUCUCAAGGAUAAAUUGAAGGCCUCAAAAUAUGGUACUCGUCAAGAUAUCGAACAAAUAGCCGACGUUUUCGAUAAGGUCACGAAACUUUCUUUCAGGAAUGAGGCCGAUACAGGAUACAUUCCCUUCGGCUCUCCCAGGGAUAAAGAUCUCAGUGUAGGAAUCUCUCGAGGGCAGAUGAAGAUUCCGGGGGAAAUCAUGAAGUUGUUCUUCGCCCCCUCCCUCGGGGAGAUCAUCAAUGCGAUUCAAGAGCAGAUGAGGGAGGCACAAGUACCCAUCACUUCCGUGUUUUUAGUCGGGGGGUUCGCCGCAAGCGAUUGGAUGUUUGACAGGUUGAAGAACGUUCUGGAGCAGCUUAACCUGAGCCUUUCGAGACCGGAUGGAUUCGUAAAUAAAGCUGUCGCGGAUGGGGCUGUCUCAUUCUUCCUUGACCAUAUGGUGUCUGCCAGAGUUUCCCGUUUCACAUACGGUAUAGAAUGCAACGUGCCGUACCAACCCUCUAAGGCUGAUCAUAAAAAACGUUCUCACACCAUUUUUGUCAAACCUUCGGGCAAAACUGCGCUGCCGGGCCACUUCUCCACGAUACUCCCUAAGGGAUCCCGGGUUCAAGAGGAAACUGAGUUUCGCAGGCCGUAUUACCAAGAGUCCGCUUAUUCGAUGUCCUUGAUGAAUAUUUCCGCCGAAAUACUGUGCUACAAGGGCCACGAUGAUGCUCCAGAAUGGCUGGAUAUCAAUCCUAAGAGGUUCCCCAUUCUUUGCAAUAUCGAGGCCACUGUCUCCGAAAAAGAUGAUUUGAUCAAAGAGUGUCAUGAUGCCAGCAGUGGUAGGACCUGGUUCGAAGCCCACUACGAAGUAGUUCUCUUGUUCGGCCUGACAGAACUCAAGGCCCAAAUCUGUUGGAAAUCUGGUGAUGGGGAGAAAAGGAGUCCAGCAAGUGUGGUGUACGACCAGAACAACGAAAUGCGUUGA